UGGUCCAGCGAGACUCUUGCGGGGAGGGGGGUUUGGAUGCCACGCUCCGCCGCUCCCUCUCUCCACUAAAUGGAAACACCGCCAAGUCCCUCGUUUGCUUCUAUCGUCCAGCGGGACAUUAGCGUCUACGGAACUUAAGUGUGUGGGCGACAGGGCGCGGCGGAUCUCGUCCUUCGGGACCGUACGGCAGCAGGGAGUGCGGUGGGGCAGGACACAGCGCGCAGGGCGCUCCUCCCCCAUCCCCUGCGCGCAGGCGCGGGCCUCAGGCUCGGCUCAGGUCGGCCCCGUUCGGCUCAGGUCGGCCCCGUUCGGCUCGGCCCGGCCCCGGCGCGCGGACAUGCUGCCCUCCCUGCAGGAAUCCCUGGACGGGGACGACAAGGAGCUGGAGAGCAGCGAAGAGGGCGGCGGUGGCGGAGGCGGGAGCGCGGAGGACCGGAGGCCCGAGCAGCCACCCAGCAGCCAUUUCUGCCUCUACGCCUACCACGGAAGCAGAUCACCAGCACAACGUGGGGACAGUGAUGAUGGAAGUCCAAGUAGCCUGACUUUGGAAACCCCUUCUGCUGCAGACUUCAGCCUUUCCUUGGUAGAUACUAAUUUACCACUGGAAGCAGAGCCAGAGCUCCGGAGCGCCAUCGCUAAGCGUGUGUCCAAAGGAGCUGUCUUUGAAGGGCUGGGUAACGUUACGUCGGUGGAGCUGAGUCUUCCAGAUUCCCGGGUCGGUUGCUAUUACUGCCUUUUCCAGCAAGACAGACUGCUUCUAGAAACAGCAAGCGCAGAGUCCGUUCCUGACCCUCCUGAAUAUAUAGUCUGUUUCUUAGGAGGGUCUGAAAAAGGACUUGAGCUUUUCAGACUUGAGCUGGACAAAUACAUCCAAGGCCUGAAGGCGAACGUGCAUGGCGAGGAAGGUAGCCUGGAGGCCUGCACCAAAUCGUACCUUAGCAAUUGGUUUGAGGCGGCCAUAUGCCCAAUUGAGAGAGUCGUGCAUCUCUUUCAGGAGAAACUUACCUUUCUCCUGCAUGCUGCUUUGAGUUACACUCCUGUUGAAGUUCAAGAAUCAGAUGAAAAAACAAAGAGAGACAUUAAUGGGUUUCUGAGUGUGGCCAGUCUCCAAGGACUUAUUCACGAAGGGACGAUGACCUCCUUAUGCAUGGCCAUGACUGAAGAGCUGCACAAGUCGGUGGUUAUCAAUUGUAGCGGGCCUCAGCCACAGUUUUCUGGUGCAGGAAGCAACAGGUUUUGUGAGGACUGGAUGCAGGCGUUUCUGAAUGCUGCAGAAGGUGGCAACCCAUUUCUUUUCCGACAAAUCCUGGAGAACUUUAAACUGAAGGCUAUCCAAGACACAAACAACCUGAAGAGGUUUAUUCGCCAGGCAGAAAUGAAUCAUUAUGCCUUGUUUAAGUGUUACUUAUUUCUGAAGAACUGUGGCAGUGGAGACAUCCUGCUGAAGAUAGUGAAAGUGGAGCACGAAGAAAUGCCAGAAGCCAAAAAUGUGAUCCUGGCCCUUGAAGAAUUCAUGAAAGAAAAAGCUGCAUCCUAGAACUCUUAAUCAUUUGUUUUUAUAUACUCUGAAAUUGCUGCAACGUAGUACUGAACAGUCAUGCUCUCGUGAUUCAUUGGAACCACUUUGUCAUUGUCAUAAUGGGUAAUCCAAAAGCAUUAGGUGAUUUCAAACUAAUUCUAGGUUGCAGUCUUUUAGUGGUUUAAAUCAUGUAAAAACCGGUGGGAACAUUUCCUUGGAGUCUUAGGGAUAAAGAUGUGCAAGUACGUAGUUGUUCUCUUUGUCGGCUUUAACCUCAUCAAUCAUAGAAUCUUGGGGCUGAAAGGGACCACCAGAGGCUGCUGAUCUCUCUCGUCCCCUAUCUUUGUGUGGGCAAUCCUAUUUUUCUAGGCUCACAGAAAGAGAUUCUGUAGCCUCUCUCUCUUUAGUCCAUUCCUCUGUUCAGAACACUGUUAAGACAUUUUCUGUGGCAGAAAAUCAUCAUGAUUCUUUCUCAAUCACCCCUGGAUUUAGCAUUUUGUAGCUGCUUGGAGAAGAUACAGUUCUAGACUCGGGGCAGACUAGCUUCACAAAAACAUUGCAAAGAUAGCUCUAGAACACAGCCCAUGUCUUAAAAGCUUUGCACUCUGUGGGUGCCUGAUGUAUUCUUUUGGAUUAUGGCAAUGUUGAUAUGGUCAGCCUUGGUGCUGAUAUGCAAUAAAACUUGAAUUUGUAACAAAUUGUAAAAUGAGCUUGCAGAGUAGAUGUGCCAGUUCGAAGGGAAAACAUUAGCUGGUUAUGGUAUGGCCACAAAAAUGAAUCAAACUAAACCUUUUUUUUUCUUAGUGUAUAGAGUUCUUUUUUUUUAUUAGAUUUUUUUAUUUUUGGUUUACAACACUCAGUUCCAAACCUUUAAAGAAUAGACUUUUUUUUUUCACAAAGUUGAAAAUGCUUGACUAGUUGGUUGAUUGUCAUUUGAGUGAUUAGAAAUAGGGAAAAGAAAAACCAAGGCAUUCUGCUGGCAACAUGUAACCUCAGAAACUCAAUAGAGAUUCUUCAUUACAUUCAGACUCGGGCAUUGAUUUUUAUGUCUGUACUUUAAUUCUUAUCCUCAAAUUGUUUUGCACCAAAUCAAUGGAAGUCUGCUCUCAAGUGAAUCGGAUAUCUUCUUUCCACCAAAACAGAUUGCAGCUACACAGAUGUACAGUGGUUUUCCUUGUCUGUAGGUAUUUAAAUAAACCCCAUGUUUGAUCGUUA